AUACAUCACAGUCAGUUCUAUCUCCUUUUCGAUCACACUCAAUCCCUGUCCCUUCUGAUUUCUCUUCAGUAUGCGCAACCAGAUGGGCCCUGCAGAAUUUCCUGGCCAUGGCGAUCUCAACACCGCCGCCGCCAGGAGGGAGAUCAACGGCCCGCGUCCCCCGCUGCUGAAGAUCCACAAGGACUCUCGCCUCAUCAAGAAAGCCUCCUCCCAUCGCUAUCCCUCCUCCUCCUCCUCCUCCUUCUCUUCCAAUAACUCAUCCUCGUCUUGUACGUCCUCCUUGUCAAACCCCAAUCAUAUACCCGCGGACUCGUCGCAGCACCAACCGCAGCCGCAAGGGACCGGCCCUGUCAUCAUCUAUACACGUUCGCCGAAGAUCAUCCACACCAAGGCCCGCGAUUUCAUGGCCCUCGUCCAAAAGCUCACCGGGUCCUCGCAGUCCCAUCACCACGACGGCCGCGAACCCGAUCCAGCUCCGGACCCGCCUCAGCCGCAAAAAGCGCAGAUGGAUGAUAACAUCCCUCCCGACGAACGGGACGCAUCGUCCUCAGUCUUGAGCGAGGGUAGACAAAGCAGCGCCGUUCCGGUGAUCCACGAAGCCAACUGCAUCUCCCCGAUUCUGAGCCACCAAAACGCAUCGAUUUCGGAAAUCCCGCUGUUCACGCCGAACGCCGCGGAUUGUUUCCUGUCGCCGGGGCAAAGAAUGUACAGAUACCCUUAUUCUGCUUACAUGUCUCCAAGCGCGGCGCAUCGGAUGAUAUCGCCUUCUAUAUCCGAGUACAUGAACGGAAUGCCAGAAUUCUGAGAUGAACGAAGCGCAUGAAGUGAUUGGUGAUCGAAGUUGAAUAGAGUUGGAGAUUAUUAGCUUCUUUUUUUUCCUUAGAAAUGAUUGAUUCGUUUCCUGUCCAUACCUUCGAGAGCGAUCUGUUGUAUGACCAUUUUUUUUUUGCGUUUCCCACGUGCUUUGCACUUGUUAGGGAUUCAAUGCAUUCAUUUUGGCCAAUAAUUGAAAGGGAGGGGUUGAUCUUGAAUC